AUCAAAAGCAAAAGAAAAUAUGGCAAAGUCUCUUCACAUUGCAAUGUUUGUAUCUAUAGUAAUGUACUUCACGUCAAAUUCGAUUUCUUCCCAGGAAAUUGAUCAAUAUUCACAAGAGGCACCAGGAGAUGUGAAGAUAUCUCCCACAUCGGAUUUUGAUAUUUACGUCGAAUAUCCUGAUGAAUCUUCAUUUAAAGAAGCCGAUUCACCCGCACUGGAAGCUGAGGCGAAGUUUGAACAUCAUUACGCGGACAAACAGUUCCGUUUUCUUAAGGUUUGCGCUCAAAAAUUGACCUCAUCACACUGUGGAGAUGUUCUUUUCAAGAACAUGGUAAGUGAGGGAACGCCAGUAUUGUUAGCUGAAUGUUGUGCUGAGCUACUAAAGAUUGGAAAAGAUUGUUAUCUAGGAACGGCACAAGUCAUUUUAUCGACUUACGAGUAUAGAAAUAUUGCGUCUAAGGCUAUUCCGAAAAGUAAACAGACAUGGAAUGAUUGUGUUCGUCUAACUGAGAAUUGAAACUCAGAUGGGCAGUUUGAUCGUUAUUGAGGAACUAAACUAAUUGAUAUUCCAUUGUGCUGAUGUUUUAUAUAUACGAUUAUGUAACUCACGCGUUAUGACAGUUACCAUUUAUACUAUUAAAGCAGAAUCCUUCUUAGAAUUAUGCCCCUGAUUUUUUCAAUUAAUUACAAAAAUUUCCAUUAAUUUUUCCAAUUGUUUUUAAUGGUUUUCAGAAAUUAAAAGCCCAACAUUACUUCUGUCCAACUAAACAAAACAACCCAAUAAUUUAAAAACUUAAAGUCAAAGAAGCCCAACAGUGUUUUCUUUUAAAAACAAUUAUAAGUCAAUUUAAAUACAUAAUUAUUAUUUAAUAUUUGUGUAAUUAUAAUUUAAAAUUUAUGCAUUAUUUAAAAAUAUGUAGAAUGAAAAAUGUAUUGUCUAUUACAUUUUUUCAUAUAAUAUUUAAUUAAUAAGUUAAAAUUGUAAAUAAAUAACCUUAGCAAAUAUUUAAUCACAAUAUGAUUAAAUUUAUUGAGUAGAAGUUUACCAUAUUAAAAUCUUUUAACUAAUUAAUUAGUACAGAAAUUUAUUAUUAUAUAAUAAGAAAAUAAAGAAGACAAGAUUAUAAAAAAAUACUAUAAACAAAUAUAAAAUCUAUUAAAAUAUAGACUAGACAAAUAUUUAUUAAUUUAAAUGAAAUUUUAAAAAGAAAUGAUUCCGCGCUUUGAAAGCGCGGAUCAAAAUCUAGUUAUAUAAAUAAAGUUAAAGAUCUUUUUACAGAUCUUAUAUUAGUAUACGUGACUUGUUGGAAUAACAUGCAAGAAUCAACGAUCAACAUGGAUUGUAUUAUUUUUAGGUAUCCUUAAUGGAUAUAUAUUUCUAGGGCAUCCUAAAUAUCUUGAUUCCUGGCAACAUAAUUACAAAUAU